AUGGACGCAUCAUCGUCAUUGCCAUCGCCGUCGGGCAAGCCUUCGUUUGAGCGCAGCACCACCAUCGCCGGAGGCAGCGAAGAGAAGAAUUCAUUUGAGUUUUUUGGCUGGGUUUAUCACUUGGGCACCAAUUCCAUCGGCCAUGAGUACCGUCACCUUCGCUUCCUCUUCAUUCGGGGCAAGUAUGUAUCGAUGUACAAACGUGAUCCCCACGAGAAUCCUGGCAUUAAACCUAUUAGGCAAGGAGUCAUAGGGCCUACACUAAUGGUGGAGGAUCUAGGGCGUCGGAAGGUCAACAAUGGGGAUCUUUAUGUUCUUCGAUUUUACAAUCGGCUAGAUGAGGCCAAGAAGGGAGAAAUUGCUUGCGCUACAGCUGAGGAAGCUCAAAGAUGGAUAGAUGCAUUUGAUCAUGCUAAGCAAAAGGCUGAGCAUGAGAUGACUAGAGCCAGUAGUGCCAGAGAGAGACUAAGCAUGGAGACUGAGAUCAAUCUUGAAGGGCACCGGCCUAGAGUUAGGCGGUAUGCAUAUGGAUUGAGGAAGCUUAUAAGAAUUGGUCAAGGCCCAGAGACACUCUUGCGUCAAUCAUCAAUAGCAACAAGUGGCUUAGAUGGAUUCGAAGGGGAUAGUGGUGAUGCAUUUGAAGCACAUCAGUGGAAAUGUGUUCGAACUAUGGAUGGUAUUAGGAUUUUUGAGGAUGUUUCUGAUUACAAGAAUGGUAAGGGUGUCCUUGUAAAGUCUGUUGGUAAUAUUGAUGCAUCCGCAGACACUGUUUUUGAAGUGCUUUUAAACACUGAUCAACAACAAAGAUAUGAGUGGGACAUGUUGAUGGGUGACUUAGAGCUGAUAGAUUCUUAUGAUGGACAUUAUGAUGUGGUUUAUGGUACAUAUGAUCCAAAAUAUCUUACCCGGUGGCAGUCAAAGCGAGAUUUUAUCUUCUCCAGGCAAUGGUUUCGUGGACAAGACGGAACCUACACAAUCUUGCAAUUUCCAGCUAUACAUAAGAAAAAGCCUCCAAGAUCUGGAUAUCGGCGCACAAAAAUUAAUCCAUCUACAUGGGAGAUCAGAAAUUUGAACACGCCUAUGGGUUCAAGUGGCCCUAAAUGUCUAGUCACCCACACUCUAGAGAUAUAUAAUGCAUCCUGGUACAAAUGGAAGAACAGCCAAUGCUCAAAAUUUGAGAAGUCUAUCCCUUACGCAUUAUUGUGUCAAGUGGCAGGUCUUAAGGAAUACAUUGGAGCUAAUCCAGAAGUCCAGAAAAGAAUUGCCUCAACUGUUGUUCAUCCAAAACUUUCUGAUGUUCCUUUGUCCACUGCUGAAUAUGAAGAUGCAGUGCAGGAUGAGUUUUAUGAUGCAAUCGCUGCUGACUCAUCAUCAGAGGAAGAAAGCGAUGGGAAUGGCAAUCUUGAUCAGGAGGCAAGAAACAAACAGAAGAAUAUAACUGCAGAUUCAGAUUUAAAGGGACAGUUAGAUCUUGAUGUUACGCCUAUCCCUAUUGAUCCAAGUGACUUCCAUGGCUCUUUGCGCUUAGGAAAUAAUGACAAGGACACUAACUGUUGGACUUCACCAAAUGGUAGUCGAUUUAUGAUUAGAGGGAAGAAUUAUUUGAAAGAUAAUUCUAAGGUAGUCGGAGGAGAUCCUCUUCUCAAGCUCAUAGCAGUUGAUUGGUUAAAAGUUGAUAGCAGUGCUGAUAAAAUUGCACUGCAUUCUAGGUCUUUAGUUCAGUCCGAAGCUGGGAAAAAUCUUCCAUUUAUCCUUGUCAUUAAUCUUCAGGUUCCAGCUAAACCAAACUACAGUUUAGUUCUAUACUAUGCAGCUGAUAGGCCGGUAAAUAAAAAUUCUCUAUUGGGCAAGUUUGUGGAGGGCAAUGACUUGUUUCGAGAAACAAGAUUCAAACUUAUUCCAAGUAUAGUUGAGGGAUAUUGGAUGGUCAAACGGGCUGUUGGAACAAAAGCUUGCCUUUUAGCAAAGGCUGUAAAUUGUAAAUACUGUAGACAAGAUAAUUUUUUGGAGAUAGAUGUGGACAUUGGAUCAUCGUCCGUAGCUAGAAGUGUCAUUGGCCUGGUUCUGGGAUAUGUUACGAGCCUAGUCGUUGACCUUGCUAUUUUAAUAGAGGCAAAGGAAGAGGAUGAGCUGCCCGAGUUCAUUCUUGGAACUGUUCGAUUAAACCGUUUAAAACCCGACACUGCUGAAAAGUUAGAAGUUUGA